UGCAUCAGACAGCGUGUUUCCUGUGUCAUCAAAGUGUAAUAUCCCAAGCCAGCGUUGACAUUGCUGAAAAGAUGGUGGUCUGAGAGCACAAACCGCGCGUAUGUCAAGGCCCGCAUGAUGACGGUCACCCUUGGUCCAGGAGGGCGCAGAAGGUGCGAGUAGAAUCGCAACGCCGCCAACCAUGUACUCGGAGUGGCGCUCGCUGCAGCUGGUGGUGCAGAGCGACCAGGGCCACCUCAGCGUGCUGCACGCCUAUCCUACCAACGUGGGCACGGAGGUGGCCAACGCCGUGGUCAAGCCUCUGUGCACGGCCGUGAGCCCCGUGGCCACUGAGAACAUCCUCAAGACGGACAAGGAGGUGAAGUGGACCAUGGAGGUGCUGUGCUACGGCCUCACGCUCCCCCUGGAGGGCGACACGGUCAAGCUGUGCGUGGACGUCUACACGGACUGGAUGAUGGCCCUGGUGUCGCCCCGAGACUCCAUGCCUCAACCCGUGGUCAAGGAGCCCAACAUGUACGUGCAGACCAUCCUCAAGCAUCUCUACAACGUCUUCGUACCCAGGCCCGAGCAGCACAGCUUGAACCACAUCAGGCUUUGCCAGCAGGUCCUGAUUGCCGUGCAGAAACUGGCACGAGAAUCCCUCUCGCUGGCGAGGGAGACCUGGGAGGUGCUGCUGCUCUUCCUGCUUCGCAUUAACGACACCUUGCUCGCCCCGCCCACAGUCGGAGUGGGCGUGGCCGAGAAACUGGCGGAGAAACUAAUGGCCGUGCUGUUCGAGGUGUGGCUGCUGGCGUGCGCCCGCUGCUUUCCCACGCCGCCAUACUGGAAGACGGCGAGGGAGAUGCUGGCCAACUGGAGACACCACCCGCCGGUUGUAGAGCAGUGGAGUCGAGUGGCCUGCGCCCUCACCUCCAGACUCCUGCGCUUCACCCACGGACCCUCCUUCCCAGCUUUUAAAGUCCCUGACGAGGACGCCAACUUGAUCCCUUUAGAGAUGGACAGCGACUGCGUGGCACAGACCUGGUAUCGCUUUCUGCACAUGCUCAGCAACCCAGUGGACCUGAGCAACCCGGCCAUCGUCAGCACCACGCCCAAGUUUCAGGAGCAGUUCCUCAACUCCAGCAGUAUCCCGCACGAGGGGGUGCUGCUGCACCCGUGUCUCAAACAGCUGCCCCAGAUUUUCUUCAGGGCAAUGCGGGGCGUCAGCUGCCUUGUGGACGCCUUUCUGGGCAUAUCCCGUCCUCGAGCCGACAGCGCCCCGCCCACCCCGGUCAACAGAAUGAGCAUGUCUCCACCCCCCUCGGUGGCCAACACCACGCCCCCUCACAGUCGCAAGCAGCGGCACACGGCGGUCACCAAAACCACCAGCAAGAGUUCAACCGGCAGCGCCAGCCAACCCACAAAAGUUUCCCAGCAGCAGCAAACUUCGUCCUCGCCGACUUUGUUGUCCAGUCCCAACCAGAGCAGCUGGGAGUCCCGGCCGCUGCCCGCCCCGGCACGGCCCAAAGUCAACAGCAUCCUCAACCUGUUCGGCCAGUGGUUGUUGGACGCAGCGCUGGUCCACUGCAAGCUCCAUAGCGGCCUCAGUCGGGACCCAAGCAUGACGGCCUCUUUUAUCCAAAUUCUCCUUUCUUAUAAAUCUUCCAUAGCCACGCAGGUUGGCCUGGAGCUGAGAAGGAAAGGCUCGCAGAUGUCCACAGACUCCAUGGUGUCCAACCCCAUGUUUGACGCCAACGAGUUCCCGGAGAGCUACGAGGCGGGUCGAGCUGAGGCCUGCGGGACUCUGUGCCGUAUCUUUUGUAGCAAGAAAACGGGUGAAGAAAUUCUACCUGUUUACCUCUCAAGGUUCUACAUGGUGCUGAUUCAAGGUCUCCAGAUCUCUGAUUUCAUCUGUAGACCCGUCUUGGCCUCCAUCAUUCUUAACUCUUCCUCUCUCUUCUGCACCGACCUGAAGGGCAUCAACGUGGUUGUGCCGUACUUCAUAGCAGCCUUGGAGACCAUUGUGCCCGACAGGGAGCUGUCAAAGUUCAAGAUGUAUGUCAACCCCACUGAUUUGAGGAGAGCCUCCAUCCACAUCCUGCUGGCCAUGCUGCCACUGCCUCACCACUUUGGCAACAUCAAAUCCGAGGUUCUGCUGGAGGGCAAAUUUAACGAGGAGGAUGGAUCGCCUCACGACCAGCCUGUGUCUUUUUUGUCCCUGAGGCUACGGCUCGUCAACAUUUUAAUUGGCGCCUUGCAGACGGAGACCGACCCUACCAACACGCAACUCAUCUUGGGUGCCAUGCUAAAUAUUGUUCAAGACUCAGCACUGUUGGAGUCCAUAGGCGCGCAGACAGAAACGGGGAGCAUAGACGGGAGUCAGGCGUCCGCGGGGAGCCAAAGUCAUAGCCGGACCAACAGCGGCAUCAGUUUCAGCAGCGGGGGCAGCACGGAGGCCGCCAGCCCGGACUGUGAGCGCCCCUCCCAGGCCCUGCUUCGGGAUUACGCUCUUCCAGAUACAGCGGCGGGCCUGCUGGUGCGCAGCAUCCACCUGGUCACACAGAGGCUCAACUCCCAGUGGAGACAAGACAUGAGCAUCUCGCUGGCCGCCCUGGAGCUGCUGGCCGGCCUCGCCAAGGUCAAGGCGGGGGUGGACUCGGCGGACCGUAAGCGUGCGGUCAGCUCUAUAUGCGGCUACAUCGUCUACCAGUGUAGUCGUCCAGCGCCUCUGCAGUCCAGAGACCUGCACUCCAUGAUUGUAGCUGCCUUCCAGUUCCUCUGCGUGUGGCUCACCGAGCACCCUGACAUGCUGGAUGAAAAGGAUUGUUUGGUGGAGGUUCUGGAGAUAGUGGAGCUGGGAAUCUCAGGCAGCAAGUCCCGACAGGAACAGGAAGUGCGACACAAAGGGGAGAAGGAGCACAACCCGGCUUCCAUGAGGGUGAAAGAUGCUGCCGAGGCCACUCUGUCAUGUAUCAUGCAGGUCCUGGGAGCCUUCCCCUCUCCGAGUGGAACCGCGUCCACCUGCAGCCUCCUCAACGAAGACACCCUGAUCCGCCAUGCCAGACUGGGCUCAACAGGAGCCAGCAACUUCCGCUACUUCGUGUUGGACAACUCGGUCAUUCUGGCCAUGCUGGAGCAACCUCUGGGCAACGAGCAGAACCCCAGCCCGUCUGUGACGGUCCUGAUCCGAGGGACGGCCGGAAGACACGCCUGGACCAUGCAGCUCUUCCACCAACCCAGAGGAGCCCGGGCCAAUCAGAGGCAGGCCUUUGUCCCAGAGGGACGCCCUACGCCAAACAACGGUGUGGGGAUCAGAUACAACGUCAAGCAGAGACCCUUCCCCGAGGAGGUGGAUAAGAUUCCCCUGGUCAAAGCCGACGUUAGCAUUCCCGACCUGGACGACAUCGUCAGCAAAGAGCUGGAAGUUCAACACGAGCGACUUGGCCUUCUGAUGAGCAAGCAGGUGGACUAUGAGAACACUUUGGAGCGCCACAGCGAGGACGUCUGGCGGUCCAAUUCCUUCCCCGACCCGCAGAUCGACUGCAAACCGCCACCGCCGUCGCAGGAGUUCCAAACGGCGCGACUCUUCCUCUCCCACUUUGGUUUCCUCUCUCUGGAGGCACUUAAGGAGCCCAGCAACAGCCGUCUACCUCCUCACCUGAUCGCCUUGGAGUCGUCCUUGCCAGGGUUCCUGGAUGACAUCAACUACCUUGACCUGCUCCCCUGUCGCCCCUUUGACACCGUCUUUGUUUUCUAUGUUCGGGCUGGACAGAAGAGCAGCCAUGAGAUCCUGAGGAACGUAGAGUCCUCAGCCAGCGUUCAGCCUCACUUCCUGGAGUUCCUGCUGUCCCUAGGCUGGCCUGUGGACGUGGGGAGCCACCCGGGAUGGACGGGACACCUCCAUACCAGCUGGUCCCUCAACCCCUGCUGUGACCAUGAUCUUCAAAACAUUGAAGAAGCAGCUACUCCUGAGGACACGGGAGGAUCAGUGUUCAACGGGGAGAAGAAAGUCUUGUACUACGCCGACGCUCUGACGGAGAUUGCCUUUGUUGUGCCAUCUUUAACGGAACAUUCUGAGGACUCGUCGGUGCACAGCGACUCCACGCUGGAGGCCGACACCAACAUGGACCUCAUGCCUAGUUUACUCAAGCAGCCCAAUCUUACACUGGAGCUCUUCCCAAAUCAUUCUGACAACCUGGAGUCUGCAAAAAAGAUGAGUCCUUUGGUGAGGAACAAAAGGUCUUCAAGUGGAAAGUCUUUUCCACCUCUGGGUCCUGAGACCAAGGUGUUUGUGGUCUGGGUGGAGCGCUUUGACGAUAUAGAGAACUUCCCUUUGUCAGACCUUUUGGGGGAAACCAGCACAGGUUUGGAAGCAAGCAUGAGCAACAGCACUUCCUGCAGAUCAGGGUUACUGGAAAAGGACGUUCCUCUGGUCUUCAUCCACCCCUUAAAGACCGGCCUUUUCCGGAUCCGGCUCCAUGGCGCCGUGGGCAAGUUUGGCAUGGUGAAUCCCCUGGUGGACGGCAUGGUGGUCAGCCGCAGGGCUCUAGGCUUUCUGGUGCGUCAGACCGUCAUCAACGUGUGCCGACGGAAGCGCCUGGAGAGCGACUCGUACAACCCGCCACACGUGAGGCGGAAGCAGAGGAUCACAGAGAUGGUGCAGCGUUAUCGCAACAAGCAGCUGGAGCCUGAGUUUUACACCUCCCUCUUUCGUGAGGUGGGGGAGGGAAAGCCUCACCUUUAACCUGUCCUGUCCUAACACUGGCUUACACACACACGACACAGAAUCUUUAUAUUUAUACUGUACACCUUUAUUUAUAUGAAUUCAUAUAUCAACUUUGACUCUGACAGCAAAGUGUGCAAAAGCAGUAAAAGACGCCAAGGGUUGGAAAAAGCCUCCAUUUUGUGUCCGUUGGCAAUGAAGGAGCGUUUUACACAAGACCACUUUCAGCUCUUUGUUUACAAGCUUUUACACAUGUUCUGCAGGUCCCAUAGUAAUGUCCUGGAAAUGUUUUAAUAAGCAAGUAGAGAAAAGUCUAUCCUAAGAGGCGCUCAGACACUCGCUUUUCCAGUUAAAAAAUAAUCCAACAGACUUCGCUGCACAUCUUAAAAAUACUCAGGUUUUAUAGUUUUUUGUUUUUUUUUACCAAUUCCACUUUUGUGUAUCGUUAAAAAGGGCGUGACAUAAUAAUGGCGUUACUUUUACUAGUAACGGGUAAUCAAAUGACUUUUACUUGUGUUACCAAUAGUUUAAAGUAUUGUGGCAUGCUACUUUUGAGGUGGUUGUGUGUAAGAAGCACAGCAAGCAAGAUCAAAGCAGGAAGUUCCUUUUUUUUUUUACAAAUGAACAGAACAUUAGGCAACAUCACACAGCAAACAACAUGUACGGCCCACUUCAUCUUUUUAUUUAAUUAUGUUAAUGUAUUGAGCUGAGCAUGCUCUCACUGACAACACCUUUUAAAGGCACUCUCGUGAAACGUCUCAACUGCCUGCAUAUGCCAGAUAUUUGAAGUUUUUGUUUUAAUAAAAGUAAUUUCGUAUUUCAAUUUAUUUUUUUGUAAAGUAACAAGUAACUAUAACUACGUACUUUUUAAAGGUACGUUUAGUGCCACUUGAUCCACUUUGUACACAAACACUAACGUUGCAUGUGUCCGACGUAAGAGUAGCCAUAUAUCACACAACAACGUAAACGUUAGCAACACUAGCGUAGCUAUGUCAGUUACGUCCCCAUUUGAACACCAUGCUAGGUGAAAAACUAAAUAAUGGAUUUAUUUUAAAAGCAUAUUUUUUUCUUGUAUAAUAUGAGUUUCAUCUCAAAAUACAGGACUUCUUUAUCAUGAAAAUAUGACCUCAUUCUUGUAAUAUUAUAACAUUUAUUUUUACAACUUUUUCCCUCAUUGGAAAAAGUCUAAUUUAGUGUUCUAAUCACAAUAAUCUUGUAACUAACACGUUUAAUUUCCAAAAACAUAUUUUUUGUUACAUAAUCACAACUGUAUCCUUUGAAUAUUAGUUUGUACUUUUACUACUCCCAAUGUAUCACUCUUUGGAUAUUUUUUAACUGUUGUAUUAUAAGUUUGAAAUACUUAUUUUCCCACACAUAGUAGCCAUUAUUCUCAGAAUAUUGCCCACUGACGUUGCUGCAUGUGUAGCGGACUGACUGAUAGUCGGCAGAGUUGCAGGCUUUGUUUUAAGAUGUGUAGCGAAGCUUGGUCUUCAACUUUAAACAGGGGGUGUCCAAACUUUUUGACAUAGGGACAACCUUGGGAUAAAAAAAACAAAAUCCGACUGCAUUUAAAGUAACAAAAUAUAUAUAUAUA